AAAUAUACUUCAGUUAUGAGUAGUUUUCCCUCCUUUCCUUUAUGUAGGAUAAUGCGUAUUAUUUCAUACGGCUAUUGUAUUUUGUGAGAAACAACUAGUGGUAGCGCCAGUACGACACCAGCACCAAUGUUGCCGCAAACAGGACGCGCAGAGUGUCCAACGUGUCGAUGAUUAUUCAGUCAUGCGGCUGCGUCUGUGUGUUAGUGUGACGGUACUGGUUGUUUUUGCCACUGCUACCGUUGAUGCAGAUAUUGAAGUAGCUUGUGAAAACAAUUCCGUAAACAUUACAUGGAGGAUCGGUGCAGAGCUGGUGCCAAACGCCGCUCGCUUCUUCCUCGGCAGCUGCAUGCCCUCCCAGCUGGAGAUCAUGCCCACUGGUGAAGGGGCCGUGCUGUUCAACUACCAGUUCACCGAAUGCAAAUUUAAAAGACGGAUAAGCGGAAAAAAUGUGACUUAUUUUAAUGAACUGACUUACAGACCUUAUGACAAGUCAAAACCUGCAGCCUUUGCUUAUCCCAUUAAGUGUGUUUAUAAAAGACCUGAGGGUUGGAAUUUCCCAAUUCUGAACCCUGGAGCGGGUGUUUCUGAAGGUCGAGGUAGUCUGAUCUUCCACAUGGCUCUCCUUAAUGAACAUUUGACAGGUGCAUCCAUGACCAACGUCGUCCAUCUGGGCUCUUUAAUGCCAAUAUGGGCGGCGGUGGAGCAAAAGUCUCACCAGCCUUUGGUGCUGCUCAUGGAGGAAUGUGUGGCAGCCGCUACAUCAGAGUUGCAGCCUGACAGCCAGGUUUACCCCAUUAUUGGCAAUAAGGGAUGUCUUCUGGAAAGCCUGAGGGGAACCGCGGUGUUCCUUCCUCGUUACCGCUCGUCUGCACUCAUCCUCUACAUACAGUCCUCCAGGUUUGGUCUUGGGGAGAAGGUGUACAUCCACUGUAAACUAGUUGCAUGGGAUCCUGAAGAUUUCAAUGAAAGCAAGAAAGCUUGUCAUUAUGUUAAGGAAUCUAGAAGAUGGGACCUGCUUGAUGACCCAUCUCAGAGCUCCAUCUGUAGCUGCUGUGACUCAACCUGCAAGUCCCACGCCAAAAGAGCAGCUAGCUGGGAUUCUCAGACCCUGAUGCACAAUUCAGUGUUGGGACCUCUGGUCAUUGUGGAUCCAUCUGCUUUCAAGGCCCUUGAACCUUCAGUUGAUCCAGCUGAGCUUUUGUCUAACAAAGUUCCUUUUGUUUUAACAUGAUGGAAUGUCUGAACACUGGACAAGGGGAUUAAAGUGGAAUAUUGUAAUCAAAACAGUUGUACAAUAAAAUAUUUUGUUGGGAA